GACUAAGUUAAUCCAGCAACAAAAGAGGAAGGACAAACAACGAAAAAAAUAAGAAGGAAAAUGGGAAUUGGAUUUUAGACUUUUUUUUAAUCCACUUAUGCCCUACCAUCGAUACACAUUAACGUCGGUAGCUCCGUACUUACUUGUCGAAGAAAACUAAGGUACUCACUACUCAGGCAACUCGAAAGCUCGCAGAACUUGAAGAAGAGAGAGAUUCAACCCGCUCUUUCGGAUUCACGAGUAUGGAUUCAAGGUCGAAAAUGUGUAAAUCUGGCAGUGGAAUUAUUAGUGUAGUUGAAGAUAGGUUGUCGAGUUUACCGGAUGAUACUUUGAUUCAGAUACUUUCUUUGCUUCCUACCAAGAAUGCUGCUGCUAUUUGUGUAUUGUCCAAGGGAUUAUGGCGUGUUUUUCCUUUGCUUACGAGCCUCGACUUUGAUGUUUCACCUAUAUCUCUUUGUAUGGAACAUCCUUAUGCAGUCGAACUUUACCCCUCUUUUGUGACCUUUGUCUGUAAUGUCUUGCAAGCAUACCAGUCUCCGAUUAUCAGCAGGUUUAGACUUGGAGUUGGUAGUGUGGACUUUGACACCAGGUUUAGCUUCUUUAAUAGACCUUGCCAGGAAGGUUGUCUUCCCGACAUUGAAUUAAAGCAUCUUGAUGCGUGGGUCUCUUUUCCACUGACACUUCAGGGUUUAAGGGAGCUUGAUCUAUGCAUUCUGGUGAGGAAACCUGGUGAUGGUCAGUUGUCCCCAUCAAUUUUCAAGUGUGAAACUUUGGAAGUGUUGAAGUUAGAGGUCAACCUUGAUCUUAAUCAAGUUAUCACCAUGCCAUCCUAUCAUCUUCCAAACUUGAAGUUACUCCACUUGUCUGCCUCUCACAUUUCUGAUGAUAAAUUUCUGCCCAGAAUAGUUUCAAGCUGCCCCUUACUUGAAGACCUCACCUUUCAAGCCUUUGUGGAUGACGGCUAUUGCGCCACUAUCUCUUCAUCUUCCCUUCGGAGAUUACGUUUAUUAAUUCAAAGAAAUUGUCCUGACAACAGUGAGUUGGUGUGUAUCCAUACUCCUAAUUUGGAGUGCCUUGAGUACUGGGAUAAUUAUUCAUAUAAGUACUCUAUCCCUAUCAUGCAUCGUCUUGUUAAGGCAUACAUAAUGUUUGAAUUAAUCUUACAAGCUUAUAAUAGGUCAUAUUUGGCCAAUCUUCGGCAAAUGGUUAGCCUAAUGAGGUCUCUUUCUAGGGUUCAGCAUUUAAAAUUGCUUGGCGACUUCUUGGCGGAUGUAGACCAUAAUCCAAUUUUGGAACACUUGCCCGUGCUUCCAAAUCUGACUCACCUAACUUUGGGUAGUGCUGGCUAUUGGGAUAAAGUGUUGUUGGCAUUUCUUAACUCUUCACCUGUCCUAGAAACACUUGUUUUUGAAGAGGGAUUCAUUGGGUUUGAUGUCCAUGGAGAAGAUAACCUUAGAAAGGAACGAAUAUUUUUCAGCACAAGUGAUGAAAUUCCUUCAUGUUGCGAGACUCAUCUAAAAAGAAUAGUGAUAAAACAAUUCAAAGGGACAAAACGGGAAUUACGAGUGAUCAAGUUUCUAUUGAGACGUGCAUUUGUUUUGGAAGAAUUGGUCAUUUGUGAGGAUAGUUAUCCAAUUUUGAAUCGACGGUCGGGUGACUACAUAUUGAAGACUCUAGCAAGAAGAGCCUAUGACAAGUGGUAGUUUGAAGAUUGGUCAUGAAAACAGUCCGCAAGCAAAUCAUCAUCUUAGAUCAGAACCUAUAAUAGUUACAACUUGUUUGUGCUUAAUUGCUUCUUCUUAUUUCGCUAAUAGAUUGAAAGAGCAGACGAGUAUAUGUCAGUCAAUUAAAGGAGUAGAUAUUUUGCAAAGUUGAUCUGGUGAAGAAACUCAACUUGUAACUAUUAUAUUGUUCUGUCAUUGUGUUUUUUGUAAUGACAGUAUGUACUGUUACAAAACUCUUUGUAUGAAGGAGUGUGAUGAAGAACAUUUUGUGACAGUAGAUUGAAAGAGCUGAUGUAUGUAGUGAAUUGAAUGAAUGAAGGAGUGUGCUUCUUCUUUGGCUAAUAGAUAA